AUGCAUCACAACUCCAUAUUAUGUGAUUAUGUGAAAGGUGAGUUUAUCAUCCAUACUGGAGAAUCUGCAGAUUGUUCCCUCAGUUCACACCAGAUUGAAGAGGUGUCUAUUGAUAUAUGGAAAUGCACUGAAGCUACAUGUGCCAUUACUUCUAAGACGGACGAUACCUAUAUCGUGGAUUUUGCGGACAAGGAUGUGCUAGAAACAUGUGCCUCAAUAGUAGAUACAGCACCGGAAGCUCGAUGGACAACACUUCCCAGGGACCUGACAACGAUUCACAGCCAUACCGACAAGGUCAUUCGUAUCAUUCGGAUCUGUCAAUUCGUAAAAUAAACACAUAGUUACAUACAUAUAUGUCUGGAAAUACCAAAUAAUAUUACGGCCAUGGAGUAAAUGUAACAAAAUA